AAAAUAUGAAUCCAACCAACCCAUUUCUUCUUUUCUCCUUUUUCCUCUUCAUAUUUUCAGGAAAAGUGGUGGUGGAAGCAUGCAAUUUCUACAUUAGCAACAAAUGUUCGUAUCCGGUAUGGCCGGCAACCGCCGCAAACGUAGGUCACCCGGUGUUAGCCAACGGUGGCUUCUACCUUCCUCCGGGUGCACAACGGAAAGUCCAAGCUCCGGCCGAUUGGGUGGGCCGGAUAUGGGCUCGAACAGGGUGUAAAUUUGGUUCCAAUACCAUCCCUGCUUGUGAAACCGGCGACUGUGGCGGAAGACUACAGUGUAACGGGCUAAUCGGGGCUCCACCCGUGACAUUGGCUCAAUUCGCUUUACAAGCCGACAAAAAUAAACCCAAUUUUUACGACGUUAGCUUAGUCGAUGGCUAUAAUAUCCCGAUCUCCGUAACAUCGAUACCGUACUCGUUCAAAUGUCGUAUCGGUGGGUGCAAAAAGGAUUUAAACCAUAUUUGCCCACAAGAACUCGAGGUCUUGAAUGAUGAUGGUGAAAUCGUGGCUUGCAAAAGCGCUUGUUUGGCGUUCAAUAACGACAAAUUUUGUUGUCGGAAUGAAUACGGGACCCCGAGUAAAUGCAAACCGAGUAUUUAUUCGAAGAUUUUUAAAGAAGCAUGCCCGUCUUAUUAUAGCUAUGCGUACGAUAAUCCGUCACCGUUGGUUAAUUGUGUUUCGGAUGAUUAUUUGAUAACAUUUUGUCCAUACACAAAAUGGACCAACGGGAUCGAAUCCACAUAGAAUCAUGUUUACAGUUACUCGUACAUACGUGAUUCUAUAUAUCGUUUAUAGUUAUAUAAUUACUGAUUUCGGUUGUUAAAAUAAAAGGCGUAUAAAAUGAUUCUUGUCGUGUUUA